UAGCCAAGAGGACGAUGAGUGUUUUCCCCCAAGAAUAAAAACAGCUCUGCGAUCUGACCUCACCCCCUGCCGCCAGAUCACGGUGGUGACUGCAGCCGUGCAGCUAGUUGGCUGAAACACUGCUGAGACCGGGAGCCCCACGGCAGGGCCCCUGAUGCGGUGUUCACUACGGCAGUUCCAGCCUUAUUAAAAUUCCUUGUCCUUGUCCCUAAACAGUGCUUUACACUUUCAGAUUUCCCUUUGGAUUUUUCAGUGGGUUAUUGGAGUUAUUAGAUUACCAAUAAUCCAACAGCCGGCCUGGCUAGAGAGGAGGGGGGAAGGGCGGAAGGCAUUCUCCAAAUCGGGAGGCUCUGGCCAAACUAGGUCAAUGGGAAGGAGGGGAGGGGCGAGAAAGGGGUUGACGGUUUCAAACCUUGAUGGAGGGCUCUCUCUAGUGUUAGGCAGCGGUAAAAACACCAUUAGGUUUGAGCUCCCGGAACCACGGGACUCCUAAUUUCCAAUAAAUGCACUUACUUAAUUUUAACUUCCCAGAUUCUCAUCCCUACCCCCUAUUAAAUCCCAACCGUCUCUUUCACCUUUAUCCCACCGGGCGAAGGGGUGAGAAAGCCUCAGUGUAGGAUUUUGAGGCCAAAGGCUCCGUCUUUGCAGACCGACUCUGACCCUUCCGCUUGCCGCAGAGGGGAUGAGCGGCGCAGUGUGACGCCACUGGCUAGUUUUAGGACCAGACUGCGGCCUUUGUGGCUGAGUCUUUCGCUGUCCCCUGGCCCCCGAAAGCGCACCCCGGAGCCUGCUACCGAGACCAAAUUAGGACAUGGCACCCGGGGGUUAUAAUUCCCGGGAGGGCCACAGGAAGGCGAGGCAACUUUGGAGAGUGCCAGUGCGCGCGCAGGGGUCGGGGCCCCGGCCUUUGCCGAGUCCAAGCUGUGUCUCUACGGUUUCGGGGAAAUCGGAUUCGGAAAUCCUUACGGCUUGGCAGCUCCUAUUCUAAAGACUUUGGGCGGAAACCAAGUGGAGCUGGGUUCCCGUUCUUGCCAACGUAGGCGGAAGGGGCUUUCUGUUUAGUUUUUCUCCAGCCUUGCCUGGGGCGCCUAUGAUGGAGACCCUCAGCCCCUAGGGACUCGAUCUUUUUUACCUUGAAGUCUCGCCCAAACAUUCCCCUAAAAGAACGGGGGUGAGGGAGAAUGGAAGGCAAAAAGAGGGAAAAAAGCAAAUAAACUUCGGAAUCGGACAACUUAGUCUCGAUAUGGGCCUCGGAUUGUAUUCGAACUCCUGGGUUCUAGACCCAGCUCUGCUACUAACUUGUCUGACCUUCCCCGUUUAUAAACUGUUGUGGGUGAGAGGUUGGACUAGGUGAACUCUGAGAGCCCUGCACUCGGCGCGGACGAGGGAUUUAGGGGAAAGUGUGCUGUAUUCCCCGCGAGCCUUCCCCAGCGGCCCCGCCUCCCCGGGUGAAUCCCCGGCGGCCAGCGCAGCGCAGGCAGCGAUCCUGGCGGCUGCUGGGGCCCGGCAGCUUCCUGGAAAGUUACUUCUUGUUGGAGCCGGCGAUAGGCAAAGUGUGUUCUGUGAAAUCCGCAGAGCCGAGAUUGACUACGUUCCGGGAAUGAGAGGGCUGUGUCAUUCCUCUCAUUGCCUGCUGCCUUGACGGCGUAACAGGAAAAAAAAAAAAAAAAAAAAAAAAAAAAAAAAAGGCAUACACACAAUGUUAGCUACCGAGGUGCACGAAAAGUUUUAUUUGAAUGUAACUAAAUUAAGGGCCGCCACGGUCAUACCACAAAGCCUCCGUCGCGCCUUGCGGGGGGCUUCGAGGUGGAUCGCCCAGGGGCGGGCAGUCCCUGGAAGACAGGUUUUGAGCAAAAUUUUGGACUGUGAAGCAAGGCAUUGGUGAAGACAAAAUGGCCUCACCGGCUGACAGCUGUAUCCAGUUCACCCGCCAUGCCAGUGAUGUUCUUCUCAACCUUAAUCGUCUCCGGAGUCGAGACAUCUUGACUGAUGUUGUCAUUGUUGUGAGCCGUGAGCAGUUUAGAGCCCAUAAAACGGUCCUCAUGGCCUGCAGUGGCCUGUUCUAUAGCAUCUUUACAGACCAGUUGAAAUGCAACCUUAGUGUGAUCAAUCUAGAUCCUGAGAUCAACCCUGAGGGGUUCUGCAUCCUCCUGGACUUUAUGUACACAUCUCGGCUCAAUUUGCGGGAGGGCAACAUCAUGGCUGUGAUGGCCACAGCUAUGUACCUGCAGAUGGAGCAUGUUGUGGACACUUGCCGGAAGUUUAUCAAGGCCAGUGAAGCAGAGAUGGUUCCUACCAUCAAGCCCCCUCGUGAAGAGUUCCUCAACAGCCGGAUGCUGAUGCCGCAAGACAUCAUGGCCUAUCGGGGUCGUGAGGUGGUGGAGAACAACCUGCCACUGAGGAGCGCCCCUGGGUGUGAGAGCAGAGCCUUUGCCCCCAGCCUGUACAGUGGCCUGUCCACACCGCCAGCCUCUUAUUCCAUGUACAGCCACCUCCCUGUCAGCAGCCUCCUCUUCUCCGAUGAGGAGUUUCGGGAUGUCCGGAUGCCUGUGGCCAACCCCUUCCCCAAGGAGCGGGCCCUCCCAUGUGAUAGUGCCAGGCCAGUCCCUGGUGAGUACAGCCGGCCGACUUUGGAGGUGUCCCCCAAUGUGUGUCACAGCAAUAUCUAUUCACCCAAGGAAACAGUCCCAGAAGAGGCACGAAGUGAUAUGCACUACAGUGUGGCUGAGGGCCUCAAGCCUGCUGCCCCCUCAGCCCGAAAUGCGCCCUACUUCCCUUGUGACAAGGCCAGCAAAGAAGAAGAGAGACCCUCCUCAGAAGAUGAGAUUGCCCUUCAUUUCGAGCCCCCCAAUGCACCCCUGAACCGGAAGGGUCUGGUUAGUCCACAGAGCCCCCAGAAAUCUGACUGCCAGCCCAACUCACCCACAGAGUCCUGCAGCAGUAAGAAUGCCUGCAUCCUCCAGGCCUCUGGCUCCCCUCCAGCCAAGAGCCCCACUGACCCCAAAGCCUGCAACUGGAAGAAAUACAAGUUCAUCGUGCUCAACAGCCUCAACCAGAAUGCCAAACCAGAGGGGCCUGAGCAGGCUGAGCUGGGCCGCCUUUCCCCACGAGCCUACACUGCCCCACCUGCCUGCCAGCCACCCAUGGAGCCUGAGAACCUUGACCUCCAGUCCCCAACCAAGCUCAGUGCCAGCGGGGAGGACUCCACCAUCCCACAAGCCAGCCGGCUCAAUAACAUCGUUAACAGGUCCAUGACGGGCUCUCCCCGCAGCAGCAGCGAGAGCCACUCACCACUCUACAUGCACCCCCCGAAGUGCACAUCCUGCGGCUCUCAGUCCCCACAGCAUGCAGAGAUGUGCCUCCACACCGCUGGCCCCACGUUUCCUGAGGAGAUGGGAGAGACCCAGUCUGAGUACUCAGAUUCCAGCUGUGAGAACGGGGCCUUCUUCUGCAAUGAGUGUGACUGCCGCUUCUCUGAGGAGGCCUCACUCAAGAGGCACACGCUGCAGACCCACAGUGACAAACCCUACAAGUGUGACCGCUGCCAGGCCUCCUUCCGCUACAAGGGCAACCUCGCCAGCCACAAGACCGUCCAUACCGGUGAGAAACCCUAUCGUUGUAACAUCUGUGGGGCCCAGUUCAACCGGCCAGCCAACUUGAAAACCCACACUCGAAUUCACUCUGGAGAGAAGCCCUACAAAUGCGAAACCUGUGGAGCCAGAUUUGUGCAGGUGGCUCACCUCCGUGCCCACGUGCUUAUCCACACUGGUGAGAAGCCCUAUCCCUGUGAAAUCUGUGGCACCCGUUUCCGGCACCUUCAGACUCUGAAGAGCCACCUGCGAAUCCACACAGGAGAGAAACCUUACCAUUGUGAGAAGUGUAACCUGCAUUUCCGUCACAAAAGUCAGCUGCGACUUCACUUGCGCCAGAAGCAUGGCGCCAUCACCAACACCAAGGUGCAAUACCGCGUGUCAGCCACUGACCUGCCUCCGGAGCUCCCCAAAGCCUGCUGAAGCAUGGAGUGUUGAUGCUUUCGUCUCCAGCCCCUUCUCAGAAUCUACCCAAAGGAUACUGUAACACUUUACAAUGUUCAUCCCAUGAUGUAGUGCCUCUUUCAUCCACUAGUGCAAAUCAUAGCUGGGGGUGGGGGGUGGUGGGGGUCGGGGCCUGGGGGACUGGGAGCCGCAGCAGCUCCCCCUCCCCCACUGCCAUAAAACAUUAAGAAAAUCAUAUUGCUUCUUCUCCUAUGUGUAAGGUGAACCAUGUCAGCAAAAAGCAAAAUCAUUUUAUAUGUCAAAGCAGGGGAGUAUGCAAAAGUUCUGACUUGACUUUAGUCUGCAAAAUGAGGAAUGUAUAUGUUUUGUGGGAACAGAUGUUUCUUUUGUAUGUAAAUGUGCAUUCUUUUAAAAGACAAGACUUCAGUAUGUUAUCAAAGAGAGGGCUUUAAUUUUUUUAACCAAAGGUGAAGGAAUAUAUGGCAGAGUUGUAAAUAUAUAAAUAUAUAUAUAUAUAAAAUAAAUAUAUAUAAACCUAAAAAAGAUAUAUUAAAAAUAUAAAACUGCGUUAAAGGCUCGAUUUUGUAUCUGCAGGCAGACACGGAUCUGAGAAUCUUUAUUGAGAAAGAGCACUUAAGAGAAUAUUUUAAGUAUUGCAUCUGUAUAAGUAAGAAAAUAUUUUGUCUAAAAUGCCUCAGUGUAUUUGUAUUUUUUUGCAAGUGAAGGUUUACAAUUUACAAAGUGUGUAUUAAAAAAACAAAAAGAACAAAAAAAUCUGCGGAAGGAAAAAUGUGUAAUUUUGUUCUAGUUUUCAGUUUGUAUAUACCCGUACAACGUGUCCUCACGGUGCCUUUUUUCACGGAAGUUUUCAAUGAUGGGCGAGCGUGCGCCAUCCCUUUUUGAAGUGUAGGCAGACACAGGGACUUGAAGUUGUUACUAACUAAACUCUCUUUGGGAAUGUUUGUCUCAUCCCAUUCUGCGUCAUGCUUGUGUUAUAACUACUCCGGAGACAGGGUUUGGCUGUGUCUAAACUGCAUUACCGCGUUGUAAAAUAUAGCUGUACAAAUAUAAGAAUAAAAUGUUGAAAAGUCAA